CCACCAAGUUGCCCUUCGAUCGCCAUGAUUCUCUCCGUGUUGGUGUCUGGUUUCGGAGGCAUGACUAUGCUCUGAUACCAAUGAUAAACUAGGGUUUAUCUGUGACAGAAAGGGGGUUAGGGAUAAUAGAGAAAAGGGAGGUUCGAGAGAAGAAAUAGGUUAAGAAGAUAAGAUUGUUUGUUGUAUAUUUGAUAAACCCAAAUGUUUACAACUCAGACAUAUAAAUACUGCAAUACUUAAUAAAACGAUAUCACUUCAUUUAUUCAAUAAUAGAUUCUGCUAAGCUUCCUUCUCAGUCAGAGUCUCUCCCACUCCUCUUCUCUUCUUCAUUAGCCACUUCUAACUCCUUUCCUCGUUCGUUGCUUCCUCUGCACGUAAGCCAACGGUACCGCCAACUUAUCAGUGUUCCAGAGAGUUUAGCGGCGGAAGAAGCCGGGAAACUCAUGGCGGACUUUCUGGCCGGAGAAUUGAUCGACGGAGGCACAAAAGAGAAGGUAAAGCCAUUAGUGGAGAUCCGAAUUCUCACAAAGACGAGUUGUUUCAACAGAUCUCGUUUGGUGGAAGCUGGCGUUGUGGAAUCGCUCAUGAAGCUUCUCCGUUUGGGAGAUCGGACGAUUCAAGAGAACACCAUGGCUGCGAUUUUGAAUCUUUCCAAAGGUAUCGCCGGGAAAGUUCGAAUCGGUGGAAGCGGCGGCGGAUUGGAGAUGAUCGUGGAGGUUUUAAACGAAGGAGCCAGAGCAGAGAGUAGAAAACACGCAGCAGCUGCGAUAUUCUAUCUCUCUUCUCUCGGAGAUUACUGCAGAUUGAUAGGAGAGAUCCCGAGUUCGAUUCCAGGUUUGUUGAGAAUCGUUAAAGGUUGUGAUUAUGGAGAUUCCGCGAAACGCAACGCUUUGAUCGCGAUUAGGAAUUUGCUGAUUCGACAGUCGUAUAACAACUGGCGUGUCCUCGUCGCUGGAGCCGUUUCCGUUCUGUUGGAUCUUGUGAGAUCCGGCGAGGUCGGUGAUGGAGUCAAGGCGAAUUCGAUUGCGAUUCUCGCGAAAAUCGCGGAGUAUCCCGAUGGGAUGAUCUCUGUACUCCGUCGUGGAGGGUUGAAACUCACGGUGAAGAUUCUCAGUUUGUCGACGAAGCAGCACUGUGUUGUUCUGCUUUUGAAUUUGUGUGUUAACGGGGGAAGUGACGUUGUUGGGGCUCUGGCUAAGGAUCCGUCGAUCGUGGGGUCGCUUUACAUGGUGUUAAGUAACGGCGACUGUGGAGGUGGGAGAAAGGCAAGUGCUCUUAUCAAAAUAAUUCAUGAGUUCCAGGAGAGGAAAAUUGAACCGGGUUUAGAAAGAGGACGGUUCGUACCCGCCUGGUGAUUGGUAUACAUACACACCACACAGCAACUCUGAGUUUUUUUUUUAUCACAGGCUUAUAUACCAUCACAGACUUUCAUUUUUUGUAGGUUAAAGAUACACUUCUAUUUUUAUUGUUGAAUAAAUAUUAACUUACAUCUGUAAAUCUUAGCUCUGUUAAUAAUAAUAUUUUGUACCAUAUAUCUAGGGCAAAUCUCCAAAAUACCACAUUUCUAAGUUUAUAUCAUAAAAAUAGCACUCAAAAACUAAAAUGACCAAAAUAGCACCUUUUAAGUU